AACAAAGGACAAUGAACAAGAAGAGGAAAACUACAAAUAGAUAAUUGAAGAUGUUCCUCUAAGUUAGUUGUUGUUUAGUUUUAAACAUCUGCAAGAAGAGAAGAUGGAUUCAGGGCCGUCGUGGGCUGAUCAAUGGGAUUACAAUAACCCUGACCCUCUACCGAGUUCGACGAAAGAGGAUGAGAGCAAAAAGAAGAACAAGAAGAAGAAGGAAGAAGAUGGAAGCAAAAGCAGUCUUGGGAAGACAUUACUUGGGUUCAAAUGGAUGAAGGAGCUCCGCAAGAAAUCUGAAAAGUGAUUAGUAAAGAGAUUUUUUAUUACAUUUGAUUCUUGUUAUUCUUUGUAAUUAAUCCAUUCUUUCUCAGUUUCUU